AUGAGGAUGAAGCUCCUAGCUCUUGCCUUCGUUGCGAUCCUCCUCGUACCUAGCAUUGAUGCCUCUUCUGCAGCCUCGCCAACACUACGACGUAGGCUAUUAAGCAAGCUCGAAGAUGAUGGUUGGGCUGGUGUACUUCAGUCAUGUUCCGAAGUCGAAUACGAGACUUCUCUCUUUGUUGACAACCAUGUUUUCGUGGUAUCAACACCAGUCAUAAAACACUAUUCUGAUUGUCCAAGCUUGGCUAUGGAGCAGGGUGCUCCCUUUGUCAAACUGACUGACACUGAUUUCGUUCGUAGCGUCAAUGUACAUAAUUUUACUUACACAAACGAAGAACCACAUCUGUCGAUCGGGACAUUUCCCCUGUCACAGAUCGCAGCAGCAUUCCACAAUGCGCAAGCGAAAGCUCUUUCUGAUCCAGACAGCAUGAAGAACUACGAUCCCGUCAUGCAGAACUGCGGUGACUUCGCGGCUCUCAUGAUGACCCUUUUGGAGAUUGAUGAUUUUGAUCAUGAAAAGGUUCAAUUCAUUGCCAAACAGCUUCAGAAGCGACACCCUACAUUCAUUCGGAGCGUUCGCAUUAGUCCCAAAACAGUGAACUUGCUUCCCAGCAAUACCAAGGUUGAUGAGCUCACAGAUCUACAGUUGCUGGAGUUGCUUGUUGAGUAUAAAGUGAAGCAUCUCUACAGUCCAUCCACGGCAUCGAUCUACAACAGCUACAAUGACCCCUCUCAGGGUCAUCGAGUACUGCAUGCCAAUGAAGAGCAAGAUAAUGUUCCGACUGCUGCCACCUCCACCAGCAGGCGUCUUGCUGAGGUCGACUGCGGCCGAUGGUACUCGUCAGGCUGUCUUGCGGAAAACAAUAUUCGUUACGAUUCCACCGCUUCCAAUGCCAUUGCCGACCAGAACGCUGCUUGGAAUAAGUUCGAAGGAUUCUAUGAAGCAACCGCAACUGCCUAUGGUCCUGAUGGCCGGGUCAUAGAACCAUCCUUCAUGGAACAAGACGCAGCUACUUUCGCUCCCAAUCAAAGACCAUACUCCCAAGCUCCCUUCAAAAUGUUCAUCAACAUUACAUUGAAUGGUUCCAGACUGUAUGAACAAAUGCAGGCGAUCUUUCCUCCACCACCCGGAGCCUUCUGCAACCAAUCUGUCCCAGACGGAAUGCAAAAUGUCCUUUCGCCAGGUGAAUGCGGGUCCAAUGGAGCCGCUGGAAUCUAUGAACGUUUUGGGACCAGUACCUUCGAGAAGGACGGAAGUGUCGUCAUGUUGCCCUUUGGGAUUACAAUGUCAGGGACCGAGCUAGAUCGCAAGUCAUAUGUCAGUCUUCCUGCCGGUGAAAGCAAUCACUUCUCGAGCUACUGGGAAAAUGGCCUGCUUGUGCAGUACGCUUCGGCAUGUCUUGAUGCCGAAUGCAGCCAGCUCUCCACUACCAUCGAUCAGUAUAACACCUCUACUCUCGCAGGCGAAGAGUAUACCUUUCUGGCGUCCACUCGCGUGUUUGCCACCCGACUUGCAUCCUCGCAGCAGUUUCGUGAUGCAGUGGAUGCUGCCUUUCUCGAGUACAAUGUACCAUCUGAUCAGAGACCAUUUGAAGAUGGUUGUCUCUCUGGCUUUUGUCCUGACGAAAGCGAUUGGUGCGAGUACGAUCCCGAGUGUGCCGUCUCUCCGUAUUCCGAACCAGAAGCAUCCAUCGUGGCGGGACCAGUCGUUGGUGUUGUUGUCGCUGUCGCGGUGGUCAUCUUCCUCGCUUUGUUCGCUUUGCACAGACGUCAAAUGAAGCAAAAGGAAGGCGUUGUGCGCAAACAGUUUACCACUCGCAUUGCUGAGGGCAUUACCGUCAAUGGCACUCGCGGUCCUCUCUCCCCCGAUCAAUUGCUCGCUGAGUUUCACAAGAUUGAUGAGGAUAACGGGGGCACCCUUGAAAAGCAGGAGCUUUGGGCGUUCUUGGAGUCUGGAAAGGUUGGUAGUAUGAGCCGAAGUGACUUUGAUUUGUUGUUCUCCGUGAUUGAUGUUGAUAGGAGUGGUAGUGUUGAUUUCAACGAGUUUGUCGCCUUCUUUGCAAGCGCAAUGAGAAGUGAUGGCUCCAGGCGCUCUCAAGUAAUGUCUUCGUAA